UAGCAGAGAUCACUGGAGAACCAGACAGGCUGUAAGUACACUGUGCCUUUAAAACUUCAGCAGGAAACUAGCAGUAGUCUCCAAGUAGGAAUAGAUUUGUAAUAAGGGGUUUGUAAUCAGCUUUCCUUCUAAGGAAAAGCUGGGAAUUUUCUCAUUUUAUUUAUGAAAAGUAAGCUAUGAGGCAACUUUUGGCAAACAUCUAUUAAUUGGGUGAAAUGCACCUCUUGUUUGAGAUCUGACUUCAGCUCCAACUUUCUAGCACAGCCAGUUCUUUCCCCUGCAGCUGACUGGCUCUGGAGUGUGGCCAGAAACCUACUUCCUUGAAAUGAAGGAGAGUCAGGCCUCUAACCGCGGAUCUGUUUUCUUCUCUUCUGAGUGAUGGCGUUUACCAUUUUUAUCCUCCGGCUGGCCGUCUGCAUCCUGGCACUUCCCGUGUACCUGCUGGACUUUCUGGGUUUGUGGAACUGGAUAUGCAAAAAAGGAUUCCCCUACUUCUUGGCAAGAUUCACUGUGAUAUACAAUGAAAAGAUGGCGAGCAAGAAGCGGGAGCUCUUCAGCAACCUGCAGGAGUUCGAGGGCCCCUCCGGGAAGCUCUCCCUGCUGGAGCUGGGCUGUGGCACGGGAGCCAACUUCACGUUCUACCCGCCUGAAUGCCGAGUGACCUGUAUCGAUCCCAACCCCAACUUUGAGAAGUUCUUGAUCAAGAGCAUUGCCGAGAACCGACACCUGCAAUUCGAGCGCUUCGUGGUGGCUGCUGGGGAGGACAUGCGCCAGGUGGCCGAUGGCUCCAUGGAUGUGGUGGUCUGCACACUGGUCCUGUGCUCCGUGAGGAACCAGGAGCAGAUCCUCCAGGAAGUGUGGAGAGUGCUGAGGCCGGGAGGAGCUUUUUAUUUCAUGGAGCAUGUAGCAGCUAAGCCUUCAACCUGGAAUAACUUCUGGCAGCAGGUCCUGGAUCCUGUCUGGUUCCUUCUGUUUGAUGGGUGCACCCUGACCAGAGAGACCUGGAAGGCCCUGGAGCAGGCCCGUUUCUCCAAGCUGAAGCUGCAGCACUUACAGGCCCCCCUGUCCUGGGAGCUGGUGCGCCCUCACAUCUACGGAUAUGCUGUGAAAUAGUGCAAGCAGGGAGUUGAGAACCUGAAGGGCUCAAAUAUUUUAAGGUUUUUGGUUUUACACUUAAAACACUAAUUGGGAGAAGGAAAGCCCCUUUUUCAGAUAAAUUUGAAUUUCAUCCCUAAAAGUUUAUGUUAUAAUCUAUUUAGCCAUUUGCCGAGACCAGCUCGGCGACUCAAGGUGAGUGACAGGAGCCGCAAGCUUAAAGAAAACACAGACACAGAUUUAAGAGAAAGAUGGGACCGGGGGACUCAAGACCUCUAGGAUCAAGAGCCUCGCUGUUGGGGGGGACUCGAGGUGGGGGGGCGUCAAGGAAGGGAGGGAAUACGGGGACAUGUGUAUAAAAACAGUUGAUUGAACCUGGUGUACCCCCCCAAAAAAAAAUUA